UGGAAGCUGCUGGGCCCGGGGCACACGUGUUUUGUGUUUCGGUGAGUGUGGCGGGGAUGGGGAGCAGGGAACUCGCCGAGCCGCUGUCUCCUGGAGAGGCGACGCAGAGUGGCGCCCGGCCUGCCGACCGCCAUGGCCUAUUGAAGCACAGCCGCGAGUUCUUAGACUUCUUCUGGGACAUUGCGAAGCCUGAGCAGGAGACGCGACUUGCGGCCACGGAGAAGCUGCUGGAGUAUCUGCGCGGCAGGCCGAAGGGGUCCGAGAUGAAAUAUGCCCUGAAGCGCCUAAUCACGGGACUCGGGGUUGCGCGAGAAACAGCCCGGCCAUGUUACAGUUUGGCCCUGGCACAGCUGUUACAGUGUUUCGAAGACCUCCCCUUGUGCAGCAUCCUGCAGCAGAUACAAGAAAAAUAUGACCUGUGUGAGGUGAAGAAGACAAUGCUGAGACCUGCUCUCUUUGCAAACCUGUUCGGAGUACUCGCCCUCUUUCAGUCAGGCCGGCUGGUGAAGGACCAGGAGGCCCUGAUGAAGUCGGUGAAGCUACUGCAGGCCCUGGCCCAGUACCAGAACCACUUGCAGGAGCAGCCCCGGAAGGCCCUGGUGGACGUCCUCUCCGAGGUCUCAGUGGCUACAUUGCAGGAGAUCCUGCCAGAGGUCCUUAAAGCCGACUUGAAUACAAUACUCAGCUCCCCCGAACAGCUGGAGCUCUUCCUCCUGGCCCAGCAGAAGGUGCCCUCCAAGCUCAAGAAGCUGGUGGGAUCCGUGAACCUAUUCUCGGAUGAGAAUGUUCCCAGGCUGGUGAACGUGCUGAAGAUGGCCGCCGCCUCCGUGAAGAAGGACCGCAAGCUGCCCGCCAUUGCUCUGGACCUGCUGCGCCUAGCGCUCAAGGAAGACAAGUUCCCACGGUUCUGGAAGGAGGUGGUGGAACAAGGGUUGCUGAAGAUGCAGUUCUGGCCAGCCAGCUAUCUGUGUUUCCGCCUGCUGGGCGCCGCCCUGCCCCUGCUGACCAAGGAGCAGCUGCAGCUGGUGUUGCGGGGAGACGUGAUCCGCCAUUAUGGGGAGCACGUGUGCACUGCGAAGCUCCCAAAGCAGUUCAAGUUUGCCCCAGAGAUGGAGGAUUACGUGGGCACCUUCCUAGAGGGGUGCCAGGAUGACCCUGAGCGGCAGCUGGCCGUGCUAGUGGCCUUCUCAUCCGUCACCAACCAAGGCCUCCCUGUUGCGCCUACGUUCUGGCGGGUCGUGCGGUUCCUGAGCCCUCCGGCCCUGCGGGGCUAUGUGGCCUGGCUGCGGGACAUGUUUCUCCAGCCAGACCUGGACUCCUUGGUUGACUUCAGCACCAACAACCAGAAGAAAGCCCAGGACGCGUCGCUCCACGUGCCUGAGCGAGCUGUGUUCCGGCUGAGGAAAUGGAUCAUCUUUCGACUGGUGAGCAUUGUGGACAGCCUGCACCUGGAGAUGGAGGAGGCCUUGACUGCACAGGUGGCCAGGUUUUGUUUGUUCCACGCGUUCUUUGUCACAAAGAAGCCCACAUCCCAGAUCCCCGAGACAAAGCAGCUGUUCUCCUUCCCUUUGGAAAGCCAGGCCCGAGAGGCGGCCAGCAGUGCCUUCUUCAGUCUGCUGCAGACCCUCAGCACUCAGUUGAAGCAGGCCACGGAGCAGACUCGGGGUGGGCAGCCCUGGACCUACCACCUGGUGCAGUUCGCAGACCUGUUGUUGAAUCACAGCCACAACGUGACCACUGUGACACCCUUCAGUGCGCAGCAGCGCCAGGCCUGGGACCGGAUGCUGCAGACUCUGAAGGAGCUGGAGGCCCACUCCUCCGAGGCCAGGGCUGCUGCCUUCCAGCACCUUCUGCUCCUCGUGGGCAUCCACCUCCUCAAGUCCCCUGCAGAGAGCUGUGACCUGCUGGGCGACAUCCAGACCUGCAUCAGGAAGAGCCUGGGAGAGAAGCCCCGCCGGAGCCGCACCAAGGCCAUCGACCCCCAGGAGCCCCCAUGGGUAGAGGUGCUGGUGGAGAUCCUGCUGGCCCUGUUGGCCCAGCCCAGCCACCUCAUGCGCCAGGUGGCCCGGAGCGUGUUUGGCCACAUCUGCUCCCAGCUGACCCCGCGUGCCCUGCAGCUAAUUCUGGAUGUGCUGAACCCGGAGACCAGUGAGGAUGAGGACCACGUGGUGGUGACGGACGAUUCUGAUGAGCGGCGGCUGAAGGGUGCAGAGGACAAGAGCGAGGACGGCGAGGACAACAGAAGCUCAGAGAGUGAAGAGGAGAGCGAGGGGGAGGAGAGCGAGGAGGAGGAGCGCGAUGGGGACGUGGACCAGGGCUUCCGGGAGCAGCUGAUGACCGUGCUGCAGGCUGGGAAGGCACUGGGUGGAGAGGACAGUGAGGAUGAGGAAGAGCUUGGGGAUGAGGCCAUGAUGGCCCUGGACCAGAGCCUUGCCAGCCUCUUUGCCGAGCAGAAGCUGCGUGUCCAGGCCCGGCGAGAUGAGAAGAACAAGGUGCAGAAGGAGAAGGCGCUGCGGCGCGACUUCCAGAUCCGGGUGAGCCUGGGGGCGGACCGCCCCCCCCUUGCCAGCAGUGCCCUGGAGCUGGGGGCCAUCCCUGCCCUUGACAGUCUCGAGUGGGGGUGGAGGGGGACAGUGAGAGCACCUGUGGCAGGGGACACCCAACCCAGUCCUCAGAGGUGUAGCGUGCGUGAGAGUUUGUCAGGCUGGGAGGCCUUGGGCAGGGCGGAGAGGGAGGAAGAGCAUCCUGACGGGAGCCGGUCAGACACGGAGCUGGAAGGUCAGGUGAGCAGCGAGGCCACGGGCCCCUGCACCCUUGCAGGCCCUGACCCUAGCGGUGCUGGGGGCCACGGAGGCAUUAUCAGCAAGAGCAUUGGCGUGGGGAAGGCUCUCGUCCUCACCACCCACAGGCACCACCUGUGCCGUGCCCGGCGCUACUGCCACGACUUGGGCGAGCGCACAGAGGCACUGCAUGCCCAGGUGGAGCGGUUGGUGCAGCAGGCUGGCCGCCAGCCCGACUCCGCCACCGCCCUCUACCACUUCAACGCCUCCCUCUACCUGCUCCGGGUCUUAAAGGGCAGCACUGCCGAGGGCUGCGGGCAUGAGACACAGGAGAAGCAGAAAGCCGGCACUGACCCCAGCCCCGUGCCCACCGGCCCGCAGGCUGCCAGCUGCUUGGACUUGAACCUGGUGACCCGGGUGUACUCAUCAGCGCUGAGCUCCUUCCUGACCAAGCGCAACAGCCCCCUCACAGUUCCCAUGUUCCUCAGCCUCUUCUCCCGGCACCCGGUUCUCUGUAAGAGGCUUCUCCCCAUCCUGGUCCAGCAUGUCACAGGCCCAGUACGGCCCCGCCAUCAGGCCUGCCUGCUGCUCCAGAAGGCCCUGUCCCUGCGGGAGGUGAGGUCGUGCUUUGAGGACCCCGAGUGGAAGCAGCUGAUGGGCCAGGUCCUAGCAAAGGUCACUGAGAACCUGCGCGUGCUGGGGGAGGCGCAGACCAAGACAGAACACCAGCAGGCACUGUCCUCCCUGGAGCUGCUCAACGCUCUCUUCAGGACCUGCAAACAGGAGAAGCUGACCUUAGACCUGACGGUGCUCCUGGGCGUGCUGCAGGGGCAACAGCAGAGCCUACAGCAGCGGGCACACUCCACCGGCUCCAGCCGCCUGCACGACCUCUACUGGCAGGCCAUGAAAACCCUGGGAGUCCAGCGCCCCAAGUUGGAAAAGAAGAGUGCCAAGGAGGCCCCCAGUGCCACCCAGAGCCCCACCAGCAAGAAGCGGAAGAAAAAGGGAUUCUUGCCAGAGACAAAGAAGCGCAAGAAACGCAAGUCAGAGGAUGGCACGCUAGCAGAGGAUGGCACGCCUGCAGCCACCGGCGGGAGCCAGCCCCCCAGCAUGGGCAGGAAGAAGAGGAACAGGACAAAGGCCAAGGUCCCGGCCCAGGCAAACGGGACGCCUGCCACCAAGAGUCCAGUCCCUGGCACCCCCACUCUGAGCCCCAGCACCGCUGCCAAAUCCCCAAAACUGCAGAAGAAAAGCCAGAAGCCGUCCCAGGUGAAUGGAGCUCCCAGGUCCCCCGUGGAACCUGCAGGCCAAAAGCAGCAUCAGAAGGCUCUUCCCGAAAAGGGGGUCUUGGGCAAAUCACCACUGUCUGCGCCGGCACGGAGAAAGGCAAGGCUGGCUUUGGUCAGCAGGAGUCCCGGCUUGCUUCAGAGCGGGGCCAAGAAGAAGAAAGCGCAGCUGAGGAAGGCGGGGAAGCCCUGAGCACAGGCACAGGCCACCCUCGGCCCCUGCUUCCAUCUGUCUGAGACUCCUAUUUUUUUUUUUU